AGCUAACCCCGGAUGUACCAUUGCAGCAGAGUUUUUCCUGAAAGAUGGCUGCCAGAGCAACGUUGUCACCAGGCUCUAGUCCUCCAAUGUCUUCCAGCCUAGCCGGUAUUAACGACGGUGUGUCAGUAACGCUAUCACCAGAUGCGGUCCCGUUCAGCCCGCUGGCUCCGGGGGACCGGGAGGAGAUGGGUUCCGUGGCGGGGCAGUUCUCCCACUACGCAUCCAAGCUCCGCUCACUGCGAGCCGGAGAUCCAGCCAACCUGAAAACACAACUCAACCUGCUGUUCGACCAACUGAUAUCUGAAAACUACAGCCCGAACCACAACAUACGACCUGAGGAAGUAUGCACACUGCUCAUCCACGUGACCCGCCUGGUUCCUCUCAGCCAGGAGCACUUGGUUGUCAAGCUAUGUCAGCUAACACACCACCUCCUCAACCAGCUACAGGUGAUAGUGGACGAGCAGACGCUGGAUGUGUGUGUGUGUUACGUGGUCCGUGCGCUGGCAGUGUGUAGCCUCUGGACUCACAGUGAGGUGCUGCAGGCGUUAUCUACUCUGAUCUAUGGAAACGGACCUCGCUGCAACCGGCAUCUGAUUGAGUUGCUAGGUGAUGGUGGAGUCCUGCGUCUAUAUAGCGACCCGUCUCAGCCAGACAUGGAGCUGCGCCGUGCUGCUCUCACCUGCAUGGCUAACCUCUGUCUGGGUGUUCCAGGCCAGGCGUCCCUUGAAGACGCGUACAGGAGUGUGUGUUUCAGAGUCUUCCUGCAGACGCUCCAGUCACCCAAACCCCCGGAUGCUGAAGAACUGCUCUACUGCACGGUGAUCCAGGGAGCAGUGAAGGGCCUCCAGUCCUCUCUGUGUGGAGGGAAGUGGAGGUUUGGAGGACAGGAGGAACUGGGAGCUCUAUUGGCAGUUCUCAAGAGGCUCAUGUUCCAAGGUUGUCCAGGAGUGUGUGUGGAGUGGCCGUCGGUGCUGUACCCCGCUCCCCUGCCUCAGUACGAAACCUGCAGUACUCCCAAACCUCCCGAACCUCCACAGAACCCCCCCACCCAGACCUCAGGGAAUAAGAAGAAGAAGUCUCGAGGACGGGGGAGGAAAGGAGGAGGGGAGGAUGAGGAGAGAGAGGCAGAACCCAGGCUCCAGAGAGGAGGAAGAGGAGGGGAGGUCUGGUCUAAGACCUCGGUACUUCCUUCUCCAGGCGUUCCGUCUCUCUAUCCGUUAUGGAAGAGGAGCAGUUCUGAUUCAGAGUUCUCUGAUCCUGAGGGAGCAGCUCACAGUAAACUGAGGUUGUUCCAUGGCAGGGUGCGGCAGGGUGUGUUGCUGUGUCUCCUAGCCGUGGUGAAGGCAGUUGAAAAGAGGACGCUGUAUGGCUAUUGGUCGUCGUUCAUACCGGAUGCUCCCAUUGGUGGACCUCCUCCUCUCACACUGCUCACUGUAGUACUGAAGGACCCCUCACCCAAGGUGCGUGCGUGUGCACUCCAGGUGGUGUCUGCAUUGCUAGAUGGUUCCCGUCAGUUCCUGGGCGUGGCUGAAGACUUGGCUCCAGCCAGAACCUCGUACACUCCAUUCUCCUUCUCCCUCGCCACCGCCGUCCGCGAGCUUCACCGCUCGCUCUCCCUUGCUCUGCUGGCCGAGGCCUCUGCUCACACGCUCACUCAGAUCAUCAAGUGCCUGGCUCACCUGGUGUGUAAUGCUCCCUAUAACCGCCUGAGACCCGGCCUGCUCAGCCCGCUGUGGAGACAGAUACAACCCUACCUCCGACACAGAGACGUGAACGUGCGGGUGUCUGUUCUGACACUGUAUGGAGCGUUGGUGUCGACCCAAGCCCCUCUUUCUGAGGUACAGCUACUCCUUACACACACCUCGCAGGAGACGGGGCUGAGCUGGAGGCAGAGGGAGGGCUUUUCCUCACCUCACACUCCACCCUCCCACAAAUACCACAACUCACACACACCCCGGGGCUCACAUACUCCAGGAGAGGAGGAGCCAGGCGUGCCCUGGCUGCUGCAGCUGUGUGUGUCGCUUGUCACUCAACCCAAAGACGACCAAUCAGACAGCGAGGGUCCAGGAGGAGGGGCUACAGCUCUAGAGCCCUCCCCAGUCCGCCUGGAGGCCUUACAGGUGCUAGCCCACCUGGUGCGUGGUUACUUCCCUCUGUGCCAGGCGUGUCUCUGUGAGCUGGGGCAGGUGAGCGCACGUUGCCUCCGAGAGACGGACCCCUCCAUUCAACUACACGGAGCCAAGUUACUAGAGGAGUUGGGGACAGGUAUCAUCCAACAGUACAGACCAGACAACAGCCAGUCAGAGAGCUGCAGGGUCCCCAUCUCACAGGUGGUCCAGUUCUGGGUGGAUGUAUUGAGUGGUCCGCUGAACGGAGCUCUUCAGAGUCAUCAGCAUCCUACUCUACAGACCAGCGCCUGUGACACCCUCUCCUCUAUCCUGCCACAGGCCUUCACACAGCUACCUGAGAAGAGCCAGGUUCUGUGUGUAACAGUAUUGUUGGGGCUGACCUACAGUGAUAACUCUCUGGUGAAGGCUGCUGCAGUCAGAGCUCUGGGAGUCUACAUUCUGUUCCCCUGUCUACGAGAGGAUGUGAUGUUUGUAGCAGACACGGCCAACGCCAUCCUGACAGCCCUGGACGACCGCUCACCCAAUGUCCGCUCUAAGGCUGCCUGGUCGCUAGGCAACCUCACCGACACACUCAUCGUCAACAUGGGAUGUGUUGGGCAGGUUUUCCAGGAGGAGUUGUCUGAUAUGCUGGUGCUCCAGAUGCUUCAGUCAGCCACCAAGGCUUCUUUUGACAAGGACAGGGUUAAGAGUAAUGCGGUGCGUGCGUUGGGAAACCUGCUCCACUUCCUGUCUGUCAGUCAGCUGACCCGGCCAGGGUUCCAGCGCCCCCUGGAGGAGGCGGUCAGCGCACUGGUCACCACAGUCCAAUCAGAAGCCACGAUGAAGGUCCGCUGGAAUGCCUGCUACGCCCUGGGCAACGCCUUCAGGAACCCUGCCCUGCCACUCGAUUCUGCUUCCUGGUCCGGCGAUGCGUUUUCCGCCCUCUGCUGUGUUGUCACUUCCUGUCAGAACUUCAAGGUGCGCAUCAAGUCUGCCGCUGCCCUCUCUGUCCCCGCCUGCCGUCAUUGCUACGGUGAUGCGGAGCGGUUCGGGGAUGUUUGGCGCUCACUGGCCGCGGCGUUGGAACACAGCGAGGAGACGCAGGACUUCCUGGAGUACCGCUACUGUUCCUCUCUCCGACACACACUCACACACACCCUCACACACCUGCUACGACUCAGCCAAUCACAGGACAUGCCCGCCCUGGGGAUGUCGCUCGUCAUGGAGGAGGGGAGGGGCUUCAAGGAACACCUGGUAAAAUACCUGAGAGGGGAG